CUCCACUCCGCCGCUGUGCUUCGCCAGGUUUCUCGACUGUUUGGUGCGUUUGAUUACUUGAUGUUCCACGGCUAAAGCGUGAGCAACUGUGUACUGUGUGGAUUAUGAACCGCCGCCCGAGUCCCCGUCUGCUCAGCUGUCGUGGUAUGGUGUUUUUCGCGCUGCUGCUUCUGUAGUGCUAUCGGCUUUUUCCACGGCGGGGGUAGUGAAGCAUUUCGUGAGAAAGAUGGUGAAGAGGUCCGAUGGUACAGAUCCACCUAUAUUAGAAGAACAAGAACCGACUCCGUCAGACAAGCCGAAGACACUAGUGAAAUAUGGCGAGCUUGUCAUCCUCGGGUACAACGGUUUCCUUCCGCCUGGCGACCGCGGGCGCCGACGCAGUAAGUUCGUGUUGUACAAGAGACCCACCCCGAGCGGCGUCAAGCGCUCCAAACAUUACGUCGUCACGACGCCUCAUUCAUCAAAGAUGGUGGGGAGUCGAUCAUGCCGCCAUCCAGUUGCCUUCUACCGCGCAAAUGCUAUACUCGAUACGAAGCAGCAUUCAAUCUCAUACACCUUGUCGAGAAACCAAGCAGUCAUAGUAGAAUACAUGCCUGAUGAAGAAACAGACAUGUUCCAGAUUGGGCGAUCAUCCGAGUCACCAAUCGACUUUGUUGUAAUGGAUACUGUGGCAGGUGAGAAGACACGUGACAGCAAGAUGGAGCAGAGCACCAUCUCGCGGUUUGCUUGUCGCAUACUUGCCGACCGAGCAAACCCACGCAUUGCACGUAUUUAUGCUGCUGGCUUUGAUGGUUCCUGUAACAUCUUCCUUGGUGAAAAGGCCACCAAAUGGCAGGAUGGACGGGAGAUUGAUGGUCUUACAACAAAUGGUAUUCUCAUCUGGCACCCACGUGGUGCCUUCUGUGGUGGUGAGGCAAAGAUGGGCAUAUGGCGAGAAGUGUCUGUUGGAGGUGGCAUCUACUCUCUAAGGCACUCACGGUCUGCACAGCAAAAAGGAGAGCCAGUUGAAGAUGAAAGUAAUGUGCUACAGGAUGGUACAUUAAUUGACCUUUGUGGUGCCACAUUGCUGUGGCGUUCAGCAGAAGGUCUUUCUAAAUCGCCUACAAAAUCGCACUUGGAGAAAAUGGUUGAUGACUUAAAUGCCGGGCGACCCCAAUGUCCAGUUGGACUAAACACACUUGUCAUACCACGAAGAGUGACUGUGACAAUGAAUGAAUCUGGAGCUGUAAAUGAAAACCAGCAACCAUAUGUGUACCUGAACUGUGGCCAUGUCCAGGGUCAUCACGAUUGGGGACAAGAGGACGAUUCUGAAGCUCGUCGCUGUCCAAUAUGUCUUGAGACUGGUCCUAUUGUGAAGCUGUGCAUGGGAAUUGAACCUGCAUUUUAUGUGGACUCGGGCCCACCAACUUUUGCAUUCAAUCCUUGUGGGCAUAUGGCCACUGAGAAAACAGUCAAGUACUGGGCAUCAGUUCUCAUACCACAUGGGACAAACAGUUUUGAAGCUGUAUGUCCUUUCUGUGCAACACUUCUGGCUGGACAACCAGGAUAUGUACGCCUUAUUUUUCAGGACAAUGUUGAUUGAAAAGUGCAGCUUAGAGAUAUUUCAGUUGCCAAAAUGAACAAAGUGGCCUUCUGGAUCCAAGAGGCUUGUCUGUAUUGUUAAAAAAAAAAGUGUAUGUGAAGACACUGUGGUUUUCAAAGAAUUUUUAUUUAUAUUUUAUUUGUUUUAGCCCCAAAUGAGUGAUUUUUAAACUUUUGAGUUUUCUGCUGGAAAGUGACUGGAUUAAAAACUGUCAAACCAUUGUAACUGAAAAACAGUUGUCAGGUGUCUCGUGCAUAGUCAAAUCGACAGUAAUUAUUAUUAGGUGAAAAUGAAGAUUAUUUAUAAUUACUGCAUUACUUGUAAGUUAUCAACUGCUCACUGCAUUAACUCACAAACUGUGCAUAUAUUACUCCAUUAAUACUCAAUCUGGAGCAGCCUUGGCUCUAAUGGGACUGAAAGUAAUAUGUACAGGUGAGCAGUUAAAAACUAAAUCAGUGAGUCUCAAAAUAGUGUGUGAAACUGAAAUGCUGCCCAAGAGAUAACUGGAUUGUGUAUAGAUAUUUUGUGUCACCACACAAACUAUGCAGUGUGUGUCCAAAUAUCCUGAAAUGUGCUGUUAAGUUUGAUAACUGCCGUUUGAAACGAAUGGUGGUGUUCCAGCUAAUAUGUUCAAUCAUGUCACUGAAAUUGUAUACACAUUUGAGUUGCUGUUCAGACCAACAUGGCCUGUUUGGUGAAACUAGUUUGUCUUAAUCUCAUUUUUUUAAAUUGUAUGUGUGUGAACAAUUAUAUCUUGUAAAUUUUUA